CGGAAUCACCGCUCUUCAUCAGUAAAAUCUCAGACAAAUUUCUGUCACAUUCUGUUUCUCCAAGCAAAAGUUGAAGCAUUUUUUUGUGAAGGUUAGCCUCCAUUUGAAGCUCAAUCCAUUCUCUCUCAAGCUUUAAAACUGUCUAUCUCUCUCUCUAGAACCACCCAAUGGCGACGGCAUCAGCAGUGGCCGUGAAUGGAUUGAAGCUGGGGACGACAUCGCAGGCUUACCUUGAAAGCAAGGCAGUGAACGACACAAGGGCUCUCUUAUCGGACCUGUGCCGCCAGUUCUACAACCUUGGAUGGGUCUCAGGGACUGGUGGUAGUAUCACAAUCAAGGUCCAUGAUGAUUCCAUUCCCAGGUCCCAGCAGCUUGUCCUCAUGUCCCCUUCUGGUGUUCAGAAGGAGAGAAUGGUACCUGAGGACAUGUAUGUGUUAUCUCCAAAUGGGUCUAUCUUGUCUGCUCCAUCUCCGAAGCCAUAUCCACAUAAGCCUCCCAAGUGUUCUGAUUGCGGUCCUCUUUUUAUGAAGAAAAAAGCCAAGAAGCGAUUGAUAUCAUGGGCAAAGAGGUCAAGGAAUCUAAAAUACAAGGCAUAUGAGAUGCGCGAUGCUGGAGCUGUUAUUCAUAGCCAUGGGAUUGAAUCAUGUCUUGUGACAAUGCUCAAUCCAUUAGCGAAAGAAUUUCGUAUUACGCAUAUGGAAAUGAUCAAAGGAAUCAAAGGACAUGGUUAUUAUGAUGAACUGGUGGUCCCAAUCAUAGAGAACACUGCCUAUGAAUAUGAGCUUACAGAAUCUCUGGCCAAAGCCAUUGAAGCUUAUCCAAAAACAACAGCUGUGCUUGUUCGCAACCAUGGCAUCUACGUAUGGGGAGAUUCAUGGAUCAGUGCAAAGACUCAGGCUGAAUGUUAUCACUAUCUCUUUGACGCUGCCAUGAAACUCAAUCAGUUGGGUCUGGACUGGACUACUCCAAACCAUGGACCUAUUCAAAACACCAAAGGAAUAUCUGGAAGUUGUGGGAAUAGAAACAUAUCUGUCAAGGCGGGGACUGCAGAUUCAAAUCACAAAUAUGAGCCAUCGCAGCGAUGUGUUGUUCUUGACAUUGAGGGAACUACUACUCCCAUAUCAUUCGUUAGUGAUGUUCUCUUUCCAUAUGCCCGUGAUAAUGUUGGGAGGCAUUUGUUGGCAACAUAUGAGACUGCAGAAACCCAAGAUGAUAUAAAAUUGUUGCGCUCCCAAGUUGAAGAUGACUUAGAAAAAGGUGUUAAUGGUGCUGUUCCCAUCCCUUCUGAUGGUGUAGGGAAAGAAGAAGUUGUUGCAGCUCUGGUUGCUAAUGUGGCUGCAAUGAUAAAAGCUGAUCGGAAGAUCACUGCCUUGAAACAAUUGCAAGGUCAUAUAUGGCGAACUGGAUAUGAAAAUAAUGAAUUAGAAGGUGUAGUAUUCGAGGAUGUACCAGAAGCUCUUGAAAGAUGGCAUAAUCUGGGGAUAAAGGUAUACAUUUACUCUAGUGGUAGCAGGUUGGCACAAAGGCUUAUAUUUGGUAAAACAAACUACGGGGAUCUAAGAAAAUAUCUGUCUGGAUUUUUCGACACAACAGUGGGUAACAAAAGAGAAACACGGAGUUAUGUUGAAAUUGCGGAAUCCGUUGGAGUUGAUAAGCCAUCAGAGAUUUUAUUCGUAACAGAUGUCCUUCAAGAAGCUGUAGCAGCAAAAGCAGCAGGGCUGGAGGUGAUUAUCUCACUCCGACCAGGAAAUGCACCUCUUCCGGACAGUCAUGGGUUCAAGACAAUCAACUCUUUUUCGGAAAUCUAAAACUAUAUAAAUGUACUUCUGAAUGUCAAGUGACAUUCACAUCCGUACUAUGAAUAAAAAUGUGUAGAUAUUUGUGACUUUCGGGUUUUGUAACAAAUAUUAACUGUUUUCUUCCAUCAAUGUCGAUGGUUCUCUACUUGGAUUA